UUGCAAUCAAAUUCGUGGUGAUGUUCCUCAUACUGCAUCAAUCGGCGCCAAUUAAUAUAUGUAGAAGUAAUUUAGUUAAUACUUGAUGAAUUCAUUUACAAAUUCCAUCUCAAUUCCUCAUAAUUGAUAUAAUCAGUUCCAAUUCCGCAGAAUUCAAAAUUUAGAAUUAAGAAUAAAUUCUUUUAAAUACCAAACACAAAAAGAUUUCAUUUCAAAAUGAAUUUUUUAAGAAUUAUAAAAUUCAUUUAUAUCAAAUGGUAUGUAAAAAAAAUUCAUCAAUCCAAAAAUGCCCUAACCUACCGCACUUAUCGCUAAAGGUAAUAUGAUCACCCCAACUAAUUAUUGCUUUUUCUCUCUUAUAUACAUUUUGUUUUCACCUUUUCAAAACCCUAGCUAUAGUCCUCCGCCGCCGCCGCAUGUAUAGAUGGAUUACUCGGGAUUACCAAACGAGAUCAUAGAGAAGAUAGCCUCGCAGCACCUGGACACAGCAGUCUCCCAGCUCCUCUCCUUCUCCGGCGUCUGCAGAUCAUGGAGAUCCGCCGCCUUCCUCCUCCGCUGCCCUCCGGUUUUGUUCGUCCCCCAAACCGCCGCCUCCGCCGCAUCCCUAUCUCCUGCCGCUGCGCCGAGAGGCCAAAUCCAUGAUUUCGUCUCCCUUACAACACUCACGUCGAUAGUUCCCACCACUCCACUACAGCCACCACCGCCGCCGUCAAUCGCCCUCCCUCUCUUCCCGUCUCCCACCAAGAUGUCGGACGUCCACGGCCAGCGCGAUCGCUACCUCCGCCUCCACCAAGAAUUUAUCACCACCUUCCCCCGAGAAGGCGCGUCAUCCUCAUCCUCGUGCUCAUCGUACUACGUCGAGGCUAUCUCCUUGGCUUCCAAGGACGGCUGGAUCCUCCGCCAACCCCCUUUCUACGGCAAAUACCGCGGCCAUCUCGACCUCUACCUCCUCAACCCAUUCACCGGCGCCUCCAUCCCGCUCCCUCCCCUCAAGCCGAAAUACGCCUGCGUCAGGAAAGCCAUCAUCUCUUCUUCCCCUGACGACGACGACUGCCACGUGUUCACUCUUUCCACCAGGCAGAAGGACUUGUUGGCGUGGUGCAAGGUCGGGCGCUCAGGAGGCGGCGGCGGCUGGGCGUUCCCGCCUGAAAAUUGCCUCGCAAAACGUUUGCGAGGCAAUAUACCCUUAGACGUCUCCUACUCCAACGGCAACCUCUACCUUGCAGUGGAAGAAGCUCUCUGGGUUGUCCACGACAUCCUCAAACCCUCCUCCGCCGCAAUUGGGCCAAUUGUGAAGGCCUUCCCGUUCUCUCGCUACAUGAAAUCGUUCGAGGCCCGCAACUGCUGUCGUCCCUACUUGUGUCACCUCGACGGCGGCCGCGGCCAGGUUCGCGUUGUUCUCCCUGACUGUAACGGGGACUACUAUGGGGACCACCUUGGAUUCCGUGUGUUCAGGCUGGUGGUGGAUGAGGGCAAAGGGCUCGAUAGGGUUGUGGAUUUUGAUUGCGGUGAAGGUGAUGAUUAUUGGGAACAAGUGUGGAGUCUGGAUGGGCAUGCACUGUUCAUUGGAGCUCACCAAUCCUUGUCCUUCCCAACAACUAAGGUUGAUGCUACUAUUGCUGAUCAGGAGACUAGUCAGGAUUUCGUUCAAGAGCCAAGACCCACCCGGUUUCAAGCUGGUUCUGUCCCUGUUGCUAGCAGUAGUACCACUGCUGCUAGUAUGCUCAAUCCGAAUGCUAGGGGGAUUAGAGGCGACCACAUUUACUUUGCACUGAAUCGUGUUUGUGAGCAUUGGGAAUCUUUUGGAGCGGCGAAUCGGGAUGGUGCAUUUGAUCUUGCCAAUCGGAAGUUCCAGAGGUUUGCUCAUGAUGAACGUUACGGUGAUAACAAGACGUGGGACCCCAUCUUUUGGUUCAUCCCUGUGCCCUGGGUGAACACUAAAAGCACUGCAAGCAAAAAUGAACAGAGGAGAAAGAAGAAAGGAAAGAAGAAAAAGAAACAAAUAACAGGGGCAGCAGAAGCCUCACAAGAGACACAGACGUCUACCUAAUUAAAACCCAAGACAUUAUAAGCUCGUCGGAUUUGAUGCUCUUGGUUCGCUGAUCUCCAGGAUAUAGCAUGUGUUUGACGGAGCUACUUGCAUCUAGAGAUGCUAUAUAUUGGUGCUUGUGGAUGGUCGGCUGUGCGGAGUUUUAGUGUUGGUCAACUCGAGACGGUGAAUUGUGUUGUGACAGUCUUUUAAUAUAUUUUUUUUGGUAGAAAGUCUUUUAAUAUUUUACUAGCAUGAGUCCGCUCGUUAUCGCUUCGUGUCUUAGCAAGUACGUGAUAUUUGAAAAAUUAAUAGUUUAAAUUUUCAUCUAAAAGUAAAGAGAUUGUCAUCUACAACUCUAUAUAGUCGACACAACGAUGAACUUUAAUAAGUAAGAAGGGCCGUUGAGCAAAUGAUUCCUAUGUUUAAGUUGUAAACACCGGGUUCAAGUUGUUUGGGUGCUCAACAUAAAGGAAAAAGAUAAAUGAAAAACACUAAAGCGGAUAAAAUUUG